UGAAACCCAAGGCUCCACGCACCACGCCUCCACCGCUCCAAGCUGCUGCCGUCGACGACCGCCGACCGCCUGCGCCUUCGCGUUUCGGCCUCCGCCUUCCCUGCAUUUUGGCUGUUUUGCGUUUGCCCUGCGCCUUCGCCAAGCAAUAACUUGAAGUUGAAAGGGCUGGAAUGGAUGCAAUUAAACAAGAGAAAGUACUAAGAUAUGAGGAGUUUGUGGAUAGCCGUUUGAAACCAGAUCUUGUUCAUGCUAUUGCUGAAAGGGAUAAGGUCUUCGAGCAGCAAAAGAUUUUCUCAGAUUUGAGAAGAAACAUAGAAAACUUGGAGAAGAAUAGUGUGACAAGUCUGAGGUCACUAGUCAAUCUGGGUUCAGAAGUUUACGUGCAAGCUGAAGUCCCAGAUACAAGGCACAUAAUUGUGGAUGUUGGACUUGGCUUCCACGUGGAGUUCACUUGGUCUGAAGCUCUAAAUUACAUUUCAGCAAGGGAGAAGAAACUUGCUGGGCAAAUAGAAGAAUAUACUCGCCUAAUUGCAUCAAUUAAGGCACAGAUCAAAAUGGUUUGCGAAGGGAUAAGGGAGCUACUCCAGCUUCCUGCAGAUAGCUUCAGGAGGGAAAGAAAUCUUUAGUUUACAGUGAUCAAUGCAGAAUUGUUACUAUCACUAAUCAAUUUUAUUUUUUUUUUUGACUAAAAAUUAUGGACUAUAUGUGACUUGCUAGCUUGCAUUUUAUCCUAUGAAUUAAUUUGCCUUCCUCA